AUGGUGUCCAAGCCCAUUCUACCGAAGGUGGUCUGGGGAUAUGACUUUCUGCCCCAAAUGGCAUGUCAUAUGUGGUCCUUCGUGAUUGCUUGCUUCAUCCUGUUGCACAGCGGCGGGGAGGAAUGGAUGGCCUUUAUCUCCUUUGCAUCAGCAAUGUUGAUCGUCGCCAACUUGGCGACCAUGGGAUUCUCCCUGGACCUGUCUGCUCCGGCAGUCGCUUUGCUCUGGGAGUUCAACUACCUGCUGGAGCGCUUUCAGCGUGACGCCAAGUCAACAGAACCACUCGAUUAG